GGUUAUUUGUCCUCGGCUUUUAUUAUGCUAAGCUCUACGUUAUGGAAUUGCAAAAGUUCACGUUUCAUGAAGAAAAUUGAAGAUCAAAACAAGAUUGUGAGUGCUGCGAUCCGAAGUUGAGAGAUAAAGUUCGCAGUAAAAAUAAUCCACUAUGGUGGACUAUAAUGUCAGUCUGCAGGCUUACUGUAAAAUAUUAUCUCAUGCAGCUAAGUAUCCUCACAGUUCCGUUAAUGGAGUUCUUCUCGCCGAGGAUACUAAGGUGAAGGAUUCCAAUAAAUGCUUAAAAAUGGUGGACACUAUCCCUUUGUUUCAUGUCUGCUUAGGACUUACGCCGAUGCUCGAAUUCGCCCUGACGCUGAUAGAUAUAUAUUGUAAAAGUAAAGGUUUGGUCAUUGGUGGAUAUUACCAAGCCAAUGAAAGCUAUUGCAAUUCAAAACCUGAUAAUGUUGCCUAUUUAAUUGGCAAGAAGAUACAGGAAUAUUUUGCAGAUUCAUGUAUAUUUAUGGUGAAUAAUAACAAAAUAUCACCUCAGUGUGUAUCAGAAGCUUACAAAAUUUAUCUUUAUAAAGACAACAUGUGGAAAGAAGCUGACAAAAAACAAACAGUUGAAGAAGAGACCCUUCUCACUGCAUCCCAAGUAUUGGAGACACCAGCAAUAUAUCGCAAACUCAUGGAUUUUGAUAACCACUUUGACGAUAUCAAAAAUGAUUGGCGAAAUAUAGAGCUAAAUGAAAUAUUAACUAACAAGGAUAUUUUGAAGAAUUAUCCCUAGUAUUUUUUAUUUUUUACAGUCAGUGAGGAAAGAACUAAUGCUUGCAUCUGUGUGAUUACAUUAUGAAAAUGAUAUUGACAAAGUCUUACCAAUUUUCAACUUUGGAAUGAGUUCUUUCUGUUACAUUCUUUCAAGCUCCAGCUCUCUCAUUUUGUUAUUUUAUCAGUCUUUAAAACAAUCAGAUGUUAUUUCAUCUCAACGCAUUUUUAUUUAAUGUUUAUUUUUUUUGUUUACUAUUUUUUCCACCAGAAACAAAGAAGGCAACAUUUUACUUUAAAAAAAUUGAGAAAACAGAUUAUUCCUGUUUUAUAAUUUUUCCAGUUCAUUAAUUAAUUAUCUAUCAUGAAUUCUAAUAAUACAAAUGGUAUGGUUGUCUAAAAUUAACGCCUGUGUUUUUAUUUUAUUUUAUAUAAUGAUUCUCAAAUGUUCCCAGUUUAAGAGCAAGCUAUUUAGAGCAGGAAUGGUGACUUCAGAUUUUAGUAUUGCUGGCUAAAUCUGAAGUCAACUAAAGAGGUGUCACUCUAGCCUUAUAUGAGUGUCUACUUAAAACCCUCCAAGAUGAAACUUCUAAUUAAUUAACGAAAGAAAGAAAGAAAAAAAAACAAUAAUACCUCCUCA